AGCACGGGCGCGCCAUCAUGGUGAACCGGGUCCAGCUGCAGCGCAUGCUGGAGGACGACGAGGUGCUCUGCGACAUCUGCGGCACCGACCGGGCCAUAGACGUCGUGCGGCGCUUCCGCGUGGACUACACCGGCGUCGACCCGUUCGAGGCGGUGGCCAACUUGCAGGCGAGCGUCGCGAAGAAGCUCCAGGAGCUCGAGGAGCAGGGGAUGCACCUUAGCUUCGACGAGAUGCAGACGCUCAGAACCGUCUCCCAGGAGCUCCACAGCGCGCUCACCGAGGCGCAAAAGGAGUGGAGGGCGGAGCUGCUCAACGUGCUGCAGAUGUCCUCGCUCCUCUCCGUGGCGCUCAUCGAGCUCACCAGAAAGAUGGAACGGGUCCAGCUCAACCACAACGCCCUCUCGGCAAAAGUCGGAGGGAGCUGAUCCCCGGGCCGCGGCGGAACGGGGCGGCCGCGGCCGGCUGUGUGCCGCGCGCCCUGCCUGCCGCCGUCCUCUCUCUUUCUCUCUUCCCC